GGGGGUGGGGGGCCCACAGCGGGGGCCACCUCUGGGAGGGGUUUCAAGGCAAGCAGGCCCAGGCGGAGGCCGCCCUUCUGCAAACCCAGCUGGGCAGCUCUGGCUGGUGUGCUGGCUCCUCAGGAGCUGGGCCUCCUCCUCCAUCAAGUCCCUGCCCACCCUGGGUCUGAACACUGGUCCUGGGGCGCUGCAGUAGGAGCCCCGCCCCACCCUGCCCGGGUCUGCAGUGCAGGGUCAGGGCCCAGGUAUUUCCUUCCCCUGCAGGCCCUCCGAGGGCAGGCUGCACAGGGCGGGUGUUUUUUGUAGUUUAGGCCGCCAGGCAGGCACCAUGCACACAGCACAGUUCACCAGGCGGGGACCCGGGGCAGGCUCCUCCCCUCCCUGAAAACGACGGGACCCCAGCGAGUGGCAGGCCCUGUGCUGUUGCUUGUCCACACAGUCCAAAGCAAUUUCAGGGGGAUGGGUUUUGAGAGCAAAACUAUGGAGUUGACGGGACCUUCCCAUGAGAUGCCACGAAGCGUCCACGCCAUCCAGGACGCCUGUGGUGACACUUUGGCCACCUGGUCAGGGUUGGUGUAGGGUGCAGGCUGCAAGGGUGCUCUCCCUCCCUCCCUCCCACACCCUCUGAAGCCAGGUUACCAGGUGCAGCCCGCAGGUAGGGCUGGGGGUAAUGCUCUCCUCCUCCAGUACAGGGUGUCCACUCGGCUGCUUUGGACUGACUGCACGAGGAGCUGUCGCCUGCCCCUUGUUUGGUUAUCCAGUUAUUCAGUCAUAUCUCUUGGCAACCUAUGAGCCAGUCUGUAAUCUGUAACACAAGACUUCUCGAUUUACUUCACUCCUCAGAGGGACCCAGUCCCCGGCACCGGGCGCCCGACACGCAGGUGCUGCACCCCCAGCCUUCCUCUCACUCUACGGUUGCCUCAGGCUCCUCUGUGCAUUCCCAGCCCCAGCCCUAGGGUCUGCCCAUUCCCCACCAGGGGUUCCUGAGUCCUGUGAUUGGGAGUGGAGGUAGGAACCAAGGCCUGGGCCCCAGGUGGGCUCUUGCUCCUAGGGUGUUUUUACACUGAGGCCUUUUCAGGGGCCAGAGCAAAGGUGUGUGUGUGAACCCAGGUGCAUCCACACGUCUGUAUUUUCUGUGAAACCACCCACGUCUCUAGCCGGGCGUGGUGUCACGUGCCUGUAAUCCCAGCUACUCAGGAGGCUGAGGUGGUGAAUCGCUUGAACCUGGGAGGCGGAGGCUGCGGUGAGUGUAGAUCACGCCAUUGCACUCCAGCCUGGGCAAUAGGAGCGAAACUUCAUCUCCCCAACUGUGAGACUCACCCCGUGGUCUCCAGCUGUUAUCGUCAUUACAUGGAAUAGUCAUGAUAAGCACACAGUGGUGACACAGCGACAGCCUCAGGCAAGGGCUGAACCUGUGUGCACGCCUGUGCGUGUGUGUGGCGGGGCCAAGCAGCAAAGGCUUCUGCCCGGAGUGGGCUCCAGCCAGUGUGGCAGCCAUGGGCAGAGAGCACGAGGUGAUGUCUGAAGCCAAGCGUGGAGUGGGGGCAGGGGAUAUGGCGCUAGAUCAGGUGAGGCUGGGCACUUGCUCUGGUCAGGAGACACUCUUGGGGUGGGAGGCCUGCUGGGUGGGUGUCCUAAGGCUCUCCAGGCUGCUGGGCGAGGAGUGAAGUGCUGGAGGCGGCCCCAGGCUCAGGACUGGCUGGGAUGAGGAGGCUGUUCUGCAGGGCAUGAUGGCAUUUGGGUGUGGCCAUCUGGCUCUGGUGGUGCCUGCUGGGUGCUGCGUGCUUAUGUUGGAGGUGGCAGCAGGCCCAGGAGAGAAUUAUGGGCUGGAGGCGUGGCACUGAGACCAGGGCCCGGGUUCUUCCAGGCCAUUCCCCAAACCACUAUGUGGGUGCAAGUGACACAGCCCCCCCAGAGCAAAGCGCAAGCCCUCAGAUGCCAGGGCACAUCAGCCCGGGGCCAAGCCACGGUGGUCUUCAGAGCUGAGCUGAUGGCGCCAUUUUCUCAGCUGAGUCAGGGAAGCCACUCGGCAGUCAGCCGCAGCAGGAGUGCUCAUACCAUGGGCACCGGCAGGCACCAUGACUGCAGUGGUCCCCAGAGAGCCGCUUGCUCAAUAUUGCCCCCACGCAGCUGGGCAGGCCGGCCCUGGCACUGAAGGUCUACCACUCCAUCUCUCCCUUGAGCCUCCUCUGUCUUAAGUUCCUGUCUGGCUGGGAUCGGUGGGCUGAAGCCCGCUGUGAUAGGACAGGUGGGGAGGGAAGGGGGCCUGCCUACUGGAACCAGGGGGAGAAGGGAGGUGGCCCCAGGGCUGGAGUGUGCCAGCCUAUGCAGCAGGCUCUGUGCUCCAAGGAGGCAGAGCUCCUGCAGCUGCCCUGUUCACCCUCUCCUGGUGGCUGCCCCAGGUCCAGUACCUGCUCCUGGGUCGCUGGGGCAGGAGACCUCCUAGCUCCCUUUGCCUCUGGCCCCCUCCUGGUACCCGGCCUGGGAGGCAGCAGUGGCAGGCGUGGGACCAGCAGCAGUCACUGGUGAGGCUCCCGGCCUCUCUGUGCAGCUGAUGUGCCCUGGCGUCUGAAGGCUGGCGCUUCACUCUGGGGGGCUGUGUCACUUGGGCCCACACGGUAGUCCUGGGAGUGACCUGGAAGAACCUGGGUCCUGGUCUCAGGGCCACACCUCCAUAUGUGUGAUCACACAUUUGAGUCCCCAGGUCUGUCUGCACGUGUGUGCAUGUGGUUGUGCAUACAUAGGCACACUGUUUUCAUGCAUGUGGGUCUGCAUGUGAGUGCAUACAGGCAUGCUGCGGUGAUAGUUUGCACAUAGACAUCUGUGUUUGCACCUGUGUGUCACAUGUGCCCUAUGGCAUUAAUCUGUUUGCACGUGUAUCUGCGUGUACACAUGUACAUGUGUGCGUGCACGUGUAUCUGCAUAUGCAUCUGUGCACGUGUGUGCAUAUGUCCAAGUGUGUACACGUGUGGUCUGUGGGUGUGUAUCUGAGUUGUCUGCACAUGUGAAUGUCAGUGGCUCUGAGGGGUACUGCACAGAUGUGAGGAAGCAGGGCCAUUUCCCCAGGAACCCUGACUGCCCCCUCUUCCUGCCCCGGGUGGGGAGGCCUCGGCUGCAUAAAGAGGCCGGGAGCCUCACCAGCGACUGCUGCUGGUCCCACACCUGCCGCUGCUGCCUCCCAGGCCGGGUACCGGGAGGGGGCCAGAGGCAGAGGGAGCUAAGGGGUCUCUUGCCCCAGCGACUCAGGAGCAGGUACUCAUCUGGGGGCAGCGACCAGGAGAGGGUGGGCAGGGGAGCUGAGCACAGACCCUGCGGCACUUGCCCACUUUGGGCUGGCUGGUCUGCGGCACAGCUGUCUCUGAGGGUCGCAGAUGCUGAGUGUGGCCUCACAUCAUGGAGUCUAUAACCUUGCUGGACAUCUUCCCUCCUGGACAGACGCCUGCCUUCAUCCUAACCCCAGCUGGGGACCGUCUGGGUUGGGACUGCGGAGGACCAGGAGCCUAGACUGGUUGGGGGGAGCCCUGGGACCCUAGGCACCUUGAAAGGGCAGUGGGAUCAGCAGGGGGCUGGAGGGAGGAUGGAGGUGGAGGGAUCCCCUACGGCCCCUGUGCAGGGUGUGGAGGGAGGUAGAGCAGGGCCACUGGGGGCCAAGGGGUUAUGGAGAUUGUGGACUGGUGGCACUUUCAGGUCUGGGGGCUGAUGGUGGUUCAGGCAUGGGAGGCUGUGAAGGACAGGGCUGAUGGGGUUGCAGGGUGGGGGCAAAUGGGGCCACAGGGACUUGGGGGCUAGGGAGCUGGAGGGGCCAGGAGGGAUUAGGUGGCUAGGCAGGCUGGGGAGACCCUCCAGAUGCUGAAAUCCUGUGGGACCCUCCCCAACAACCUGGGAGCGGCUGGGGGCUGGGGUGGUGGCCAUGAGUGCAGUGGACACUGAGACCCCCAGUCCCCACACACUUGAAGGUGCUUGCCUCACGAAGUCCCCACCUGCCUCACGAAGACAGCUCACGGGCGCUGCAUCUGCACGAGCAGGGGCCGGAUCAGGACCUGCCCGCCCGCCCCUAUGACCAACAUGAGCUGGAGCUUCCUAACGCGGCUGCUGGAGGAGAUCCACAACCACUCCACCUUCGUGGGCAAGGUGUGGCUCACGGUGCUGGUGGUCUUCCGCAUCGUCCUGACGGCCGUGGGCGGCGAGGCCAUCUACUCCGACGAGCAGGCCAAGUUCACCUGCAACACGCGGCAGCCGGGCUGCGACAACGUCUGCUACGACGCCUUCGCGCCCCUCUCGCACGUGCGCUUUUGGGUCUUCCAGAUCGUGGUCAUCUCCACGCCCUCGGUCAUGUACCUGGGCUACGCGGUGCACCGCCUGGCCCGCGCGUCUGAGCAGGAGCGGCGCCGCGCCCUCCGCCGCCGCCCCGGGCCCCGCCGCGCGCCCCGGGCGCACCUGCCGCCCCCGCACGCGGGCUGGCCCGAGCCGACCGACCUGGGCGAGGAGGAGCCCAUGCUGGGCCUGGGCGAGGAGGAGGAGGAGGAGGAGCCGGGGGCGGCUGAGGGCGCCGCCGAGGACGCGGAGGAGGCUGGCGCGGAGGACGCGUGCGCCAAGGGUGCCGGCGCGGACGGGAAGGCGGCGGGGACCCCGGGCCCGGCGGGGCAGCACGACGGGCGGAGGCGCAUCCAGAGGGAGGGCCUAAUGCGCGUGUACGUGGCCCAGCUGGUGGCCAGGGCGGCCUUUGAGGUGGCCUUCCUCGUGGGCCAGUACCUGCUGUACGGCUUCGAGGUGCGGCCGUUCUUCCCCUGCAGCCGCCGGCCCUGCCCGCACGUGGUGGACUGCUUCGUGUCGCGCCCUACUGAGAAGACGGUCUUCCUGCUGGUCAUGUACGUGGUCAGCUGCCUGUGCCUGCUGCUCAACCUCUGCGAGAUGGCCCACCUGGGCCUGGGCAGCGCGCAGGACGCCGUGCGCGGCCGCCGCGGCCCCCCGGCCCCCGCCCCCAACCCCGCGCCGCGGCCCCCGCCGUGCGCCUUCCCAGCCGCGGCCGCCGGCCUGGCCUGCCCGCCCGACUACAGCCUGGUGGUGCGGGCGGCCGAGCGCGCUCGGGCGCACGACCAGAACCUGGCAAACCUGGCCCUGCAGGCGCUGCGCGACGGGGCGGCGACCGGGGACCGCGACCGGGACACUUCGCCGUGCGCGGGCCUCCCUGCGGCCUCCCGGGCGCCCCCAAGGGCGGGCGCUCCCGCGUCUGGAACUGGCAGUGCUACCUCUGCGGGCACCGUCGGGGACCAGGGCCGGCCUGGCGCCCACGAACGCCCAGGAGCCAAGCCCAGGGCAGGCUCUGAGAAGGGCAGCGCCAGCAGCAGGGACGGGAAGACCACCGUGUGGAUCUGAGGCGCUGGCUUGCGAGCCAGAAGCGGGAGGAGGAGGGUUGUGGGGCUCCCGUGGAAACCUGUGACCCUUCAACUCAGCCUGCUCCUUAGCCGGUGGUCUCAGGCAGACCCUGCCCAGAGGGGCAGCCAGGCCGCUCAGGGAAGGGGCUGAAAGCGGCGGAGGAGUGCCCUGGCCUAGUCACUGCUGGGGCCAAGGUGGGGUGGAGAGGGGGCCUAGGAGGCAGGAAGGUCCCUCUGCUGUUGUCUGUACCCCAGGGGGGCUGGGGCACUGACGACUCCACCCGUAUCCUGAGCUGGAAUAAGUCUUCUGGGAUGCCAGCUUCCCUGGAGCAACCAAGGAGGCCCCAGGGUGCCUGGCAUGGGCAUCAGUUGGUGUGUGUGGCGCUGCUUGUCCCCAUUCUCUGCAACAGCAAAUGGGGCUCCUUCUUCAUCCCUCCCCCUCCCAGCCCCAAACUGAGACCCCCUUGGAGCUGGGAGCCUGGGUGGACAGCGCUGCACCCUCUGAGCUUCUGUGCUACCGCCCUUCCCUUCCUCUGGGAGACUUGGAGCUCUGCAGAGAUGUUGGCCAUGCCUUGCAGCUUGGACCCAAUGGUUGGUCCGGGCCUGGGGGUUUGGCCAUGCUGGGGGAAGGGGGCUCUUCCUGCCCAUGGCCUGUCUGCGCUCCUCCCUAAUUCAGACCCAGCCUACGGAAGAAAGGGAGUAAAAUAAAACUACCUUUUGUUUAUAA